ACUGCAGCUCGACCUGCGUCUUCGUCCCGUCUUGUGCAUCGUGAAUCCGCCCUACGACGUCGCCGAAGGGCGCGUGCACAAUGCGUGGGGAGACGCGACGUGUCGCUCGUCAGCGUAAGUGUCGUCGCGACGCGAAUGCAGAAUACGUACCGGUUGGCUCCCCGACGUGCCGUACGCGCUUGGCGCGCUGCGCGCUGUCCAGGGGCACCCCCGGGACCAGACGUAGCGCAGAAUGCUGCGAUACGGUCCUGCCGAGGGGUUCGCGGGGGCGCGUGUUCUGUUGUUAGAGCAAGCCGCGCUCAUCGUACAGGAACCACGGUUAGUGUAGUAAGUACGUACGUAGCGUACCGCCCGUUUGACGUACAUGUUGUGUUCAGGCGUGUCGAAUUGCGCGGCGUGGCCGUCAGUUGUCGCAGUGGUGGAGAUCGAGGGGCGGCACGGAGAUCAUAUGGUCACCGAGGGCGCGCUGAUGCCUUCGCCCGCGCUCCGAUUUCGGGCUACAUUCCCGCAUCGUUGUCUCGUCGCCUCCUCAUCCUUGCAUUCCUCUCCUUCAACCAUCGCUUGUACUCCGCGCCGGUUCGCUCACCGACCGUCCUCGGUUCGUCCCGGCUCCUGCGUACUCCUGGGGUGCGUCUGGAGAGCGCACGCAGGGUAGUGAUGGACGUGUGGGUGCGGUAUGGCGUGCGUUGCGGGGGGACGACGGACACCGGACGCGAGAGUUGGCCGUAUCCCGGCCCUGAGAUGGGCAUCCGCCGCGCGAAGAGCGUGCGAACCGGUGUCUGCACGGUGUUCUGUUA